CGUAAUGCAGAGACACACUGACUCUGUACCACUCGGUCAGACAGAGGCAGUGCAGGGGAAGGGAGGGGGAAGUCGUAUUUUGACUUGCUGGUUUCAGAGGCGCCGAGAUCGUAUCUCCUGCGUUGCGGGCUGCUCUUCGUUCUCGGUAUUUCCGCUGCUUGCUGUGCCGGUGUGUACGGGGGUCAGAGGAGAACUGUUACACCGUCCCCAGGCUCCGGUUACUCCCCCCCCCUCCUCCCCGUCACCCCCGCGCUUCUACAAGACAGCCGGACGGAAUGCGGUCGGGAGUCGUGCGCUUGGCUGCGGUUUCAGUCGCCCGACUUGGCCUCGCGCUGGAGCCCUGAUGUGAUUCGUGUUCGAAUCCCGCCUCGGGACGCGCUCUGGAAAUGGGUCCGUCAGGGGCUCGGUGCGAUGACAGCGGCUCGGACCCGGAGCGAGAGAAAAUGUGGGCCGAGCUGUUCGAGCAGCUGGACCUGAACAAGGACGGGCGCGUGGACGUGAGCGAGCUGCGCACGGGACUAGCGGCGCGAGGGCUGCUGCGGAGCAACGCCGAGGAGCAGAUAGUGCAGGCUGGGGACACCAACCAGGAUGGGCAGCUGGACUUUCAGGAGUUCUCCCAGUACCUGCGGAUUCACGAGAAGGAGCUGCGCCUAAUGUUCCGCAAUCUGGAUCGCAACAAUGACGGUUGCAUAGAUGUGUCGGAGAUCCAGGUCUCACUGCGCAACCUGGGCGUAGACGUCACCAUGGAGCAGGCCUCCAGGAUACUGCAGAGCAUGGACAAGGACGGCACUAUGACCAUUGACUGGAACGAAUGGCGCGAUCACUUCCUCUUCAACCCUCUGCACAACAUGGAGAGCAUUGCACUCUACUGGAAGCACUCCCUGAUGCUGGACAUCGGUGAGCACCUGACCGUGCCGGAUGAGUUUUCUGAACAGGAGCGCAAGUCUGGCUUCGUGUGGAGGCAGCUGAUGGCCGGGGCGAUGGCAGGCUCUGUGUCUCGGACGGGCACAGCACCCCUAGACCGCCUCAAGGUCUUCCUGCAGGUCCAUGGAUCCGCCUCUGGAAAGGUGAGCGUUCUGAAAGGCCUGCGUGAGAUGGUGCGCGAGGGCGGCCUAACUGCCCUCUGGAGAGGAAACGGCAUCAACGUACUCAAGAUCGCACCCGAGACCGCCAUCAAGUUCUUGGCCUACGAGCAGAUUAAAUGGCUGAUCAGGGGUAACAAGGACGGAGGAGCCCUUCGCGUUCAAGAACGCUUCAUCGCCGGGUCGCUUGCUGGAGCCACAGCCCAGACUGUCAUCUACCCCAUGGAGGUGCUGAAGACUCGGCUUACCCUGCGCAAAACGGGCCAGUACAAGGGGAUGGCUGACUGCGCCAAACAGAUCUUCCACAAGGAGGGACUGCGAGCCUUCUACAAAGGCUACAUGCCCAACGUGCUGGGCAUCCUGCCCUACGCUGGCAUCGACCUGGCCAUCUAUGAGACCCUGAAGAAUGCCUGGCUACAGAGGAACAGUGGAAGCACAGCAGACCCAGGGGUCCUGGUGCUGGUGGGCUGUGGCACCGUUUCUAGCACCUGUGGCCAGCUGGCCAGCUACCCCCUCGCCCUGAUCCGAACACGCAUGCAAGCCCAGGCCUCUGAGUCAGGUGCCCCCCAGCUGUCCAUGCUGGGUCAUUUCAAGAACAUUGUGUCCCAAGAAGGAGUGGGAGGACUUUAUCGUGGAAUUGCGCCCAACUUCCUCAAGGUCAUUCCUGCCGUGAGCAUCUCCUACGUGGUGUAUGAACGCAUGAGGAGGUUUCUGGGGGUGGCCGUGGGAUAGGGUGUGAGAAGAAGUCGAAAGAGAAGGAGAGAAGGAGGCAGAGACUAAAGCAACUCUUGGCCCCGAAGAUGGAGAAACAGAAGAGAUAGGGACAAGGUCAUCUAGGUGAACAGAUGGGUUUCUGCCAUCUGGACAACGAUAGCCUUUCAGGACACCAAGAUCAACAACCUCAGAAGCACAAACCUGGAUUGAACAUGAAGUUCACAAUGCCCUCAUUCACUGUGUUAUGGAAGUGCAAAAAGAUCAAACUCAUCCAGUUUGAAUCCAUGUCUCAGAUCUUCACCCCAUGGAAGUGAAGCAAUGGAAGGACUGUUGUGGGUCACCUGCUGUGUGGGAUGAUGAAGAUCUGAGACUGAUUUGGACCUGGAACUGAAGAUUAAACAUCAGAGUUAGCAAAAUGGAGCAUUUUGCAGAGCUAUGCAUGGUAGAACUCAAGAAGGAACUCAAGUCAAGCCAAACACUUGGAGCUCUGAUGGAAAGGGGAAGUUUAGGGAAUUGAAUGAGUUCAUCCCAACGGUUUCUAUAAGUUCUUCAUAAUUACAUUGUCAUUCUUGUGGUUAUGAAGGGCAAACGUGUUGGAAUGUCUUAAGUUGUGGAAUGUAAUCUACUCUGUGGAGGUAGGAAGGUCAAACCCAGGUAGCCAUUUAGUGCCAUCAAGAAACACCGAGUCAGGGCUCAUGGGCCAAGAGUAGUGCGCUAGCGAAAGAUGUGGAGAAAAUUAAAUGUGCUUGUUUUUCAGGUCUCACUCCCAAAAUUGUUCUUUUGAUGAAGUGAGUUUUGAGGAAAAAACUAUCUCAUGACAAACAGGUCACUCAGUGUCUCAUCUUCUACUGUUCUAUUGCUUAUUAAUUGCUUAAGAAACCUUCUGAUAGUCUUAAUGCUGAAUUUACUUUUUUGUAACAAGAAUGAUUUCAUUUUCAUUCUAGCUUUCAUUUUUACUAGCAACACAACUGUCCAUUUGGGACAGGAUAGUAAUGGUGCUGCUACAAUGAAUUUAGUGUUUUUUUUUUUUGUCGAGAUAGCGUUUGUUUUUAUUCGGACACGCGUUCAAAAAUAUGAAUACCUCACAAAUAUACCAAUAUACCAGUGAAUUGCUUUAUACGGAACAUUUCUAAAAAGAAACUGUACCUAUGAAGACAGUUGAUUUGGGAAAUAAACUAACAUUAUGCAUGACAAUAUAAUAAAUCUUUAGUCCAUAUGAGUGACAUAUCAUUAAAAAUUGUUGGAUUAUGUGGCUCAUUUCUAUUUUUUAUACCAAAUGGAAUAAAAGGAAGGAGUGAGACUUAGAAAAAUAUAUUAAUUUUUCAUUGGUGUCCUAGCUAAGAGUCCUGCAAUAUGGGCACAUGCAUUGACGUUUACUCUCUGGUGUGUGUGUGCACAACACGCAUGUAUUUCAGAUAUGUAUGAGGUAAUUGUUCAUUCUGAGCCUGCUUUGUGUGCAUCUGCGAUUGGUGGGUUCGCAUCAAGUGAAACAUGGGUAAAAUUGCUGAUGGGUUAACUUUUGUACCUGUAUAAAGAACUGCUUAAAGAAGAAAACACCACAUAUUGCUUUUAUUUCUCUUACAUAACAGAAAUGACUAUUUAUUAUCUUGUCACUGGUGUUUUCCGCUUAUUUGCUUUAUCUUAUUUAUUUUUAUCAGCACGUGGAUAUAAUACAGGGUUAGCGAGAGAAGAGGCACAUGUUGCCACUGAGUACUGUAAUGAAUACUCUAUUUACUGUUAGGGCCAGAGUGAGGUUGCAGUUUAACAUUUAUCGACAGUUUUUGCCCUAAGAUGGUUUGAUUUGUGCUUUAAGUAAACUGUCAUUUCUGAUGCUACUCUCAUGUGCUCAAAGACCCAAAUUCAACACCUCAGAGCUUCAUAAAGGGUUUUUAGCAUCAUGCUAUUUAUCUGCUGUUUAUUUGUGUAAAAUCUUACUCUUCCUUGUAUUUUUAGAGUUUGAGCUGCUCUGAAAGUGUCUGUUGGGGAAACGAAUCACAGCUCAUAGCCAACAGUACUGAACUCUGAACACUGUGCUCGAUCAAACUGUUGAUCAUGCUCAUGUGUUUUGAAACAUUUCCCCUGAUAUUGUAAUAAACAAACGCCAUAAUUUUAAUAUUUUAAUAAUGAGUUUGCAACGUGAUGUGCUGCGUUUGUUACUGUGCUACUGCUAAAACAGUACUUUGACUACUUGUCCAGUCGCUCAUAGUUUCAAUCAUGAUUUUCCCCUUGUAUCUUUUUUAUUUUGAAACACAAAUGCAGACAUGACUACUGAAGGGUAAGAUGGACCUUCAUUGAGAGCUGCACUACUAUAAGUAACCAAGCACAUUUCGGUUCAGUUGAGGGCUGACUCUUCCACCGAGGUUUUUUAGGAUCUAAAUAAUUCCAUCAUUAAGGCAGUAAGAGCUUGAGAAACCUGCAGUUCCAGUAGGGAAGGGCUCCCCAUCCCUGACAUACAUACUGUUUAAUUUUGUUUUGGUGUCAAAUGCAUUGAACACCUUACAGAGAGCUUCAGAAACACACACAUACAGGUUUUCACACUGUGUAUGUGUGUAUUUAUAAGUACAAAUGCGCACAUGGAACUGUGACUGAAUGUCUGGCUGUGUUGCGACACAUGGUUUGUUACUUGAUGCUUUAACAUGUAUUUUAUUUUAAAACAGAAAAUACUCGAUUAGUAGACAAACCGAGGAAAGUUAAAACGGUUCAGAUGGGAUCUUUGGACCACAAUGAAUUUAUAUUUUAAAUGCCUGGUGUUUGUUUAUGUUUAUUAAUCAGGGGCAAUAUUUGUAUUUCCUGGACUGUCAGUGUAUGACUAUACAGAGGGAAUGUAUUUUAUUUUUACAUUAUAAAUAAUUAUGGCUAAAGAGUCUUACACUGUUUGAUUAUCUCGUGAAUGGGGCUGAAUGAUUGAAUGUAUUGGUAAUUUAUUGAACACAGUGUGUAUUGCUGGUUUUAAUGGUGUUUAAGGAAAUAAUAUCUGUACAGACUUGG